GGGAGAUUUGACAGGUCAUAGGUGCGUGGCAGUGUUAGACCGAAGCCACGCCCCACGAGAAGGCUUAAAGCCUUAAACUAUAUAGAAAAUUGGAAAUAGCCCGAAGCAUCAGUUGUGUUGGGACGUAGUAGCAUCAUCGUCAAGGAUUGUGCGACCAUGAAAAUUUAUCACAUUCCUUGUCUCCAAGACAAUUAUUCCUACUUGAUAGUGGACGAGAGCACCAAAGAAGGUGCAGUGGUGGACCCUGUUGAGCCUCAGAAGGUUCUCGAAGCUGCCAAUUCCCAUGGCGUCAAUCUCAAGCUUGUCCUCACUACCCACCAUCACUGGGACCAUGCUGGUGGAAAUGAACAGAUAAGGCAACUGGUGCCUGGAAUCAAGGUCUAUGGUGGUUCAAUUGAUAAUGUGAAGGGUUGCACCGAUAAGGUCGAAAAUGGGGAUAAGGUUUCCCUAGGAGCUGAUACUAAUAUAUUGUCUCUUCACACACCUUGUCACACCAAAGGUCACAUAAGUUAUUAUGUGACUGGCAAAGAGAACGAGAACCCUGCUGUUUUUACGGGAGAUACACUGUUCAUUGCAGGCUGUGGGAGAUUUUUUGAAGGAACUGCAGAACAGAUGUAUGAGUCACUCUGUGUAACACUAGGUUCAUUGCCAAAGCCAACCCUCGUUUACUGCGGCCAUGAGUACACAGUGAAGAAUCUGCAAUUUGCUCUGACAAUUGAGCCAAACAACUCAAGGAUACAAGAGAAGUUAGCAUGGGCUCAGAAGCAGAAUCAAGCUGGCCAACCUACAAUUCCCUCGACCAUUGAAGAAGAGAUGGAGACCAACCCAUUCAUGAGGGUUGACUUACCUGAACUUCAGGAGAAGGUGGGUUGCAAGUCCCCUGUUGAAGCUUUGAGAGAGAUACGCAAGCGUAAAGACAAUUGGAAGGGCUAAUAAUAUUAUGUUACAUUUGUCUUUCUCUCGUGUGUAGAUAACGAAGAGAUUAAAGACUUGUAGCAUUCUCAAAGCGGUGAUUUAGGUGUGUUUGGAAAAUUCGUUGGAAGAGGCAACUAUUUUUAAUUUCUGCGUUUUUUUAAUGGGUUUUUAGCCAUGGAUACUAAUAAUUUAUUUAUUUUUUAUCAACUUUAUCUUUCAUGUAUGUUAUUAUAUUAUUUAUAGAAUUCUUGUUAUUUCUA